UCCACCAAACUCCUCCUCCCCUGUUGUUCAUCAUGGAGGAUGACCGCUUUGGUAGUACUUCCACUAGUAUGUUUUUCCUAGAUAUUACCGAAGAUGCAGAACAAAUAUUGUAUGACAGACCUGGACUCAAAGAUCAUAGUCCCUUUCCUUUUUUUUCUUCUAGUAGACUUGUGAAAAAUCGUAUUCUUAACUCUCUUAUUCUACCUAAUAAAAAACAUAGAAGUAGCAGUGAUCCAAAAGGAGGAAAGUUGACAUCUGAUAGUAAAUCAGGUCUGAGACAAAAUCGUACUGUAACAGAACCUCCCAGUAGCAUAGGCUUUCCUACUGGGGAAGAAUUCAAUCCUGGUUUUAGAGUUCCUAAAGUCCAGACUUUACUAUUAGAAACUUCUUUUGUUGGAAGUAAACAUAUGGAAGAUACUGAUAGUACCCCAAGUGUUGGAGAAAAUGAUCUGAAGCUGACAAAAGGUCUUGAAGUUCACCAGGAAAACACAAACACAGAAAGGCUAAUAGGACAUGGUACUAUGCAAACACAUUUCAAGAGUCAUAGCUUAAGUUUUAAUACAGAUACCACAACAAGUGGCAUAAACUCAAUGAGCUCUAGCCCUUCAAGGGAGACCGUAGGUGUGGACACUACAAACAUAGAUACUAACUGUGGAAGUUUGAGUACUGUGGUAAGCACAAAAACAGUUAAACCAAGUCACUGUUCAACAUCACAAUCUAACCACCUGCAUCUCUCAAAAUCCCACUCUAUAUCCCUGGUACUGCCAGGGUCUUCUCAUGCACUUCCUCGAAGAGUCCAGUCCCUUAAGGUUCCUUCUCUUGCUACAAUAAAAAGUCUUGCUGACUAUAACUUUAGCUACACAAGUUCUCGAGAUGCCUUUGGCUAUACUACAUGGAAAUGCUUACAACAACAGAGGAUGCAUCCUUCAAUGUCUCACUCAGAAACCCUGGCAUCUCCAGCAAAGGAUGUGCUGUUUACUGACACUAUUACCAUGAAGUCUGGCAGACUGGAUUCUCAGCUGACCCCAAGUUGGUUCAUGAAAGCUUUAAGUUAUGCUUCGUUAGAUAAAGAAGAUUUAUUAAGUCCUAUUAACCAAAACAUACUUCAGCGUUCCUCCUCUGUUCGCUCCAUGGUUUCUAAUGCUACCUAUGGUAGCUCUGAUGAUUAUAUAGGCCUUGCUCUCCCAGUGGAUAUCGAUGAAAUAUUUCAGGUAAAGGAAACUCCAUAUUUCCAGAAGAAAACCACACCUCCCUUUGAUGACCAUGGAGCUAGGGUCUUUGCACCUGAUGCAGAAGGUCUACCAUCGGGUACAAGCGACAUUGUCAAGAGUCCUUUUCAGAUGCUUCGACAGCAGAUCAGUCUCACAGAAAUAACAAAUACCAGCCAUUCAGAUGCCUCUCAGAUUUUAGAAAAUACAGAUGAUACAGGGCUACAGGAACACACAGAUGAGAACUACCUUUACUGUGUCUGCAUUCAAACUGGGUAUCAGCCUAACAACAAAGUGAGCUCUUCAUAUAGUGAUACAGCAAAUUGUACAUUUCGACUUCCAUCUCGAAGGCUCAUUCAGGAGUUAUUUCAAGAUGUACAGUUCUUACAAAUGCAUGAGGAAGCAGAGGCUAUUUUAGCAACACCAACAAAGCAGCCAGUAAUUGAUACAUCAACUGAGACCUGA